UUUCUAUGCGCUUUGACUACAUUUCCCAUGAUCCCCUUCUGAACAUCCUAUGAGAUCAAGCGAGUGUCAUUGCGGCAACGACAAACCGGUGAUGUGAAGAUGCUGCGCAGGAAACCCACGCGCCUUGAGCUCAAGCUGGAUGACACGGAGGAGUUUGAAAGUGUGAAGAAAGAGCUGGAGAGCCGAAAGAAACAGAGGGAUGAAGUGGAUGUAGUUGGUGUAGCCACAUCCAGUGAGAUGAGCGGAGCAUCAGGUGGUGGCACGGACGGGAAGACCAGGGAGCAGAUGAUCCACGAGCGAAUCGGAUACAAACCUCACCCAAAGCCUAACACAUUACCAUCACUUUUUGGAAACCUUCAGUUUUGACAAUUUGCAAACCUGAAAAAUGGACUAUAAGGUCUUGAGAAUCUGCAACACACACACACAUUGUUUUGAUCUUGCCUGACCUGAAAAGGACUGAAAGCACAUUCAUUAUGGGUUUGGUUAUCUGUUUAUGAUAACUGAUUUCAAAGGACUAUUUUUCUACUGAGUAAAUAAAGACUGCUAGUUGAAUGGAGAAAUUAUCUUUUCA